UUCAAUUUCUUAGUUCCCACAACCAACCGCCACUGACUCCGCUUCCCUUUCGCGGCGACUCUUGGCUUGAGCCGCGCUCGCGCCAAGUCCCCACUGUGAUGGGGCGUUGUUAGAGGAUUCCUGGCCCGCGCUUGGUUUUGGAAUUUGGCUCGGCGUCGGCUCGGUUGGACUCGUCCAGUCUCCUCUGCUUUUUAGCGUUCUUCUCUCUCUAUAUAUAAAGCACAUUCUUCACUCCUCGACUCGCCUACAACCACUGCAACCACCGAUUGCCGAUUGCCGAUUGCCGAUUUGCCUGCACCUUGUUUUGGAUCUAAGUCGUUUUUGUGAUAAUUCAGAUGGCUGUGGUCGACGCCGGCGCUGCGUUGCUUCGGCCACGCGGGGGCGUGGAGAUGAGCGACGACGAGCCGCCGCCCGUCGAGGGGUGGGCCAAGCGGAAACGCUCCAAGCGCCACAACCGCUUCUUCGAUCACCAGCCCACCGAGGAAGAGUACUUGGCCAUGUGCCUCAUGAUGCUCGCCCGCGGCGGCGGAGCAUCCUCGCCUUUUGCCCCCUCGGGGUCUCCGCCGCCGCCGCCGCCGGCGGCCGUGAAGGCGGAAUUCAAGUGCUCCGUCUGCGGAAAGGCCUUCGGGUCGUACCAGGCGCUGGGGGGACACAAGGCCAGCCAUCGGAAGCUCAACGCGGGGGAGGAGGCGCUAGCCUCCUCCGCUGCAUCCCCGGCGAUGUCGGCCUCCGGGUCCUCCGCGGCGGCGGCCGCCGCCGCCGCCGCCAACAGCGGCGGUGGGAAAGCGCACCAGUGCUCGGUCUGCGGGAAGUCAUUCCCGACGGGGCAGGCCCUUGGGGGGCACAAGAGGUGCCACUACGACGGCAACCUCGGCGGCGGAGCCUCCGCCGCGUCGGAGGUCGCAAGCUCGAGCCACAGGGCGUUCGAUUUGAACGCCCCGCCGGCGCCAGAGUUCGGGCCGGACGUCGCUGGGAGGCGCGUGGCUGCCGCGGCGGCAGAGGAGGAAGAAGUGCAGAGCCCGAUGGCGUUGAAGAAGCCGAGACUCAUGAUUCCGGCGUAGAACACAGACCCGAUCCCAUUUUCCGAAGUCAACUCCCCGACGCUUUAAAUUAAUAUUAAUUUAAGCCAGAUGAUCAUGAUGUUGUUAUGCUUGCUUUGCUUGUGUACAGAGAAUUUUCAUUCUUUGAGAGACUCCAUUUGGAAUCAAUUUCUAUUCUUUUACGUUCAAGUUGAGAAUUUGAAAAUUGAAAUACUUUUCACUACCUUUCA